AAGCUGAUGCUCUAAGAAUUGGAUGUAUAUUUGCUACAUUUGAUGAAGCACAUACAACUAUCGAAAGAUAUGCUGCAAAAACUAGUAUGAAUGUAAUUUUAGGAAGAACAACAAAAAAUCCAGAUAAAAGUG